AUGGCCGCCACCAAGUGCAAGGCCUGCGAGAACGACCUCAUUCUCCAGGUCCACGAGGACGAGGAUGAUCCGUCAUCAGAGACAUUGUCCUUCCCGGACGAUCUGGAGCUGCCCUGCGGCUGCCACUUCCACUGGCAAUGCGUCAUGGACGACGCGGCGCAGAUCGCCGUGUCGCUCAAGUGCCCCUCCUGCGACGCCUACCUGCCCGCGAACCAGGCCGGGCCCUCGGCGACCAACACCGUCUUCCAUGUGUCCCAGGGGCAGCGCAUCCCCGCGCGCUACACGAGCGAGGGCGGCGUCCAGGACAACUACGACAUCCUGCCGGAGAUCACAGAGGAGGCCUACCUCGAGGCGCACCCCGAGGCACGGCCCGCCCGCGCGUUUCACGUCAUGUGCGCCGAGGGCGACGUCGGCGGUGUCGUGGACUUGCUGAAGGGUGCCGCCGAGGAGGGUGCUGACCCGGAUGCGAUCCUGCGGUACCAGGACCCUCUGAGCGAGAACAAGAGCGCUCUGCAUCUCGCUGUCGAGAAACAGCAGGAGGAGAUCGUGUGGCUUCUUCUAUGGCUGGCGUCGUCUCUCCAUGAGAGUAACUUUCCCGCUGAGGCCAUUGCCGCUGCUCAGGCUAUGGGCGUUGAGCAGCGUGGAAGCGGUAGUGACAUCCGUCUCUUGAAAGACAGCGAGGGUAGAAAUGCAAAAGAGUAUGCUCUCCGAGUGGGCGGCCGUUUGGGUGCUCUUGCAGAGACACUUGGUUAG